AUGGCCUUCAAUGACCUCCUGAAGCAAGUGGGGGGCGUCGGCCGCUUCCAACGGAUCCAGGUCAUCCUGGUGGUGCUCCCGCUGGUCCUGAUGGCCUCCCACAACACCCUGCAGAACUUCACUGCCGCCAUCCCCACCCACCACUGCCGCCCGCCUGCCCAUGCCAACCUCAGCCAGGAUGGGGGGCUGCAGGCCUGGCUGCCCCAGGACACACAGGGGCGGUUUCAGUCCUGCCUCCGCUUCACCUCCCCCCAGGGGACACCUCCCUUUGCCGACGGCACAGAGGCCAACAGCACAGGGACCACAGAGCCCUGCAUCGAUGGGUGGAUCUAUGACAACAGCACCUUCCCCUCCACCAUCGUGACCGAGUGGGACCUCGUGUGCUCUCACAGGGCCUUACGCCAGCUGGGCCAGUCCUUGUACAUGGCAGGAGUGCUGAUUGGAGCCAUGGUAUUCGGAUACCUGGCAGACAGGUUGGGCCGCCGUAAGGUGCUGAUCUUGAACUACCUGCAGACGGCCGUGUCAGGAACCUGUGCAGCCUUCUCACCCAACUUCACCGUCUACUGUGCCUUUCGGCUCCUCUCGGGCAUGGCCAUGGCCGGCAUUGCCCUCAACUGCAUGACACUGAACGUGGAGUGGAUGCCCAUCCACACGCGGGCCUACGUGGGCACCCUGACCGGCUACGUCUAUAGUAUAGGCCAGUUCCUCCUAGCUGGCGUGGCCUAUGCUGUGCCUCACUGGCGUUACCUGCAGCUGUUGGUUUCCGUGCCCUUUUUCGUCUUCUUCAUCUACUCCUGGUUCUUUAUUGAGUCGGCCCGCUGGUACUCCAGUUCUGGAAGGCUGGACCUCACCCUGAAGGCCCUGCAGAAAGUCGCCCGAAUCAACAAAAAGCAGGAAGAGGGGGCCAAGCUGAGUAUCGAGGUGCUCCGGAUGAGUCUGCAGAAGGAAAUGACCACAAGCAAAGGCCAGGCCUCGGCCAUGGAGCUGAUACGCUGCCCUACCCUUCGCCGCCUCUUCCUCUGCCUCUCCUUGCUGUGGUUUGCCACCAGCUUUGCCUACUAUGGGCUGGUUAUGGAUUUGCAAGGCUUUGGGGUCAGCAUCUACCUAAUUCAAGUGAUUUUUGGUGCCGUGGACCUGCCUGCCAAGUUUGUGUGCUUCCUGGUCAUCAACACUCUGGGGCGCCGGCCAGCCCAGUUGGCCUCACUGUUACUGGCCGGCAUCUGCAUCCUGGUGAAUGGAGUGAUACCCCGGGACCAGUCCAUCAUCCGGACCUCCCUUGCUGUGCUGGGAAAAGGCUGCCUGGCCUCAUCCUUCAACUGCAUCUUCCUGUACACUGGGGAGGUGUACCCCACGGUGAUCCGGCAGACAGGCCUGGGCAUGGGCAGCACAAUGGCCAGAGUGGGCAGCAUCGUGAGCCCCUUGGUGAGCAUGACCUCCGAGCUCUACCCCUCCCUGCCUCUCUUCAUCUACGGCGCGGUUCCUGUGGCCGCCAGUGCCGCCACUGCCCUCCUACCAGAGACCCUGGGACAGCCGCUGCCGGACACUGUACAGGACCUGGAGGACAGGUAGGCCCCCAGCCAGAGAGCAGCCAGGACUUACCCGAGGAGAGGAAAACCAAAGCAGCAGCAGCAGGAGCAGCUGAAGCAGAUGGUCCCUCUCCAGGCCUCAGCACAGGAGAAGAACGGACUCUGAAGACGGAGGAGGGACCCUUCUGAGCCCUCCAGGGAGUGCAAGUCCUGCAGACCCCUAGCCACCCACCCAAGG